AUGUUCGUCUCUCCUUCGUCAGCUUCAACCAAUUACUAUAAUUCGGAAAAUUUGCCUGAGAAAAUCAAGAAAGCUCCGAUGGGUGAUAUCCGUGGAAGAACCUCCUCCGUCGACGAUGAUCUGCUGCUCAAGAAAUUCUUUGCCGAAGUUAGCGAGGUUGAGCGCGACAACGAAGUCAACAGGAUCCUUUCGUGCUUCAAGUUAAAUGCUUUUGAGUACCUUAACCUACCAUUUGAUUCCUCUAUCGAUGAUGUGAAAAGACAAUAUCGUAAGCUAUCUUUGCUUGUUCACCCUGAUAAAUGUAAGCAUCCACAAGCCAAGGAGGCAUUUGGAGCAUUAGCAAAAGCCCAACAAUUAUUACUCGAUCCACAAGAGAGAGAUUAUAUUUUGAACCAAGUUAAUGCUGCCAAAGAAGAACUUCGAGCGAAAAGGAAGAAGCAGCUGAAGAAAGACAAUGCAACCAAGAUAAAGUCACUAGUGGACGAGGGAAAAUACGAGCAGGAAUUUGAAAGGUCGGAUGAAUUUCAGCAGCAGUUAAAAUUCAAAGUCCGAGAAAUCUUAACUGAACAAGAGUGGAGGAGAAGGAAGAUGCAGAUGAGGAUAUCAGAGGAGGAAGGUAGAUUAAAGAAAGACGAAGAGGAAACAAAAGAGUUGUGGAAACGAAAGCGUGAGCACGAGGAGCAAUGGGAAGGCACUCGUGAACAGAGGGUUUCCAGCUGGAGAGACUUUAUGAAAGGUGGAAAAAAGGUUAAGAAAGGAGAGUUCCGACCUCCGAAGCUUAAGACAGAGGAUCCAAACAAAUCUUACGUCCAAAGGCCAGUAAAACGAGGAUGA